CUUCCCCCCACAGUUCUAUUAUAUCUCAUGGAGUGAGGACCCCGGGCCCCUGCGCUGUGACACAAUGACCGCUCAUCCAUGCCACUUUGCUCUGGGGGUGAUUUUUUUCCUCCUCCCCAUCACAGGUGCCACGAGGAAAACAUUCGUGAUAGGUCAGAAUAUUACAGCUACAGUCGGCAGCACCGUCACCCUGGGGUGUCAUCUCCUCAUACAGGACACCAAAGUCAUUCAGGUCAACUGGAACUUCUGCAAUGACGUGCACAUCGCGUUUCAUGUCAAUCAGCCUGACACAGAAGGAAUGGUGUUAGCGGAGUUCUCCCACCGCGUCUCCCUAGCAAAGGAUUAUGGGAUAACCGUCUCAGGGGUCAACAGGAACGACAGUGGACACUACUGCUGCGUCUACAACACCUUCCCACAAGGCAGCUUCACCGGGAAGAUCUACCUGCAGGUCAUAUCUGAGGACACUUGGACACCUGGAUAUUACUUGUGGAUCGGCUGUGGACUCGGGGGACUUCUUGUCAUCGUCGUUAUAGGUGCGGGGAGUUUCUAUUACAAGAAGAAGAAAUCUCGGCCGUCCUACUCCAAUGUCAACCUAUCAGGAGCAAAACCCUCGGGUUCAAGUACACAGAAUCCAGCCGCGGUCACAGCGGCAAGUGACAUAGAAGAGAAUGCGGCCAAUGAAUACUUCAAUGUCAUCCUGUACAGCAUGUGAGCCGCUGGUAGUGUCUCCUCAGCGUCAGGAGGCUGCACAUGUGCAACAUAUGUUAAAUAAUAAACCAUCCUUCAUGACUAUCUGGGUACAGUCAUAAACAAGUGUCUCCAACCUGAGGCUCUCUAAACUACAAUGUCCAGGGCAUGAUGGGAGAUGUGGCUUCAUGACAGCUGGAGAGCCUCAGGUUGGAGAUCACUGCAGUUCUAUCUAGAAUAGGUAUGAUUUGAAGGGCAUGUCUAGAGAAGGGCGAGUACUGCUGUUUUGCAUUGACACCAUAUGAGCUGAGGUAGUCACAGAAUGAUGGACCACUAUCUCCUAUAGCUUCAUACAAGUCAGUGGAGUGCAGAAGUAGUCACUUCUACAGGAAGUCCCAGCUGUGCUCCAUAAUCUACUUUCAAAUUGAGAUACCCUUUAAUUGCGUAGUCAAUUUAGCCUUCUAAGCUUAUAUUCUGGAUUACACUGAGGUCCGCUGAAUAACAGCAUGACUAGAGGAACAUAAAGAUGCAAUUGAUCUGAUAGCAUUUUCUAUGGCUGCUGGGGUACUCCUGACUCCCAACCUACCUGCUGUUUGUGCAACUAUUAUGCAAAAUGGACCUGUCGUGGUUUGCAAACCAGGAAGAUUUGUCAUUGGACUUUGCGGCACUGACUAAACCGAGAUGUAGAGUGAAAGAUAUGUGCUUUGACUUCUGUAGAAGGAUCUGGACUUCGCUGCAGGCAAUCACCAGGUCACAAUCCCAGGCCAGAACAGUCUCGGAUUGCCGACUGUGGUGCUGAGACAACAGCAAGAUCAGGAACUUAGCUGGGGUUUGUAAUCAGGAAGGCAGGAGGCUUCAUACACGAGUGCAGGACCACCGUCGGUGCCAGGUGAAAUAUUUGAGAGAGCGUACAGAAGGAAGGUCAGGGACAUAGCCAAGAUCAGAAGUCAGGAAGCAUCACGACUACCAGGAACAGGGCUGAGGUCAAAGACAAUGUAGACUAGUGUAAUGCACAAAUGCAAAUGACAGGAGCCAGGAAAGGUUUGCACCUCGAUUACCAGACAAUGGGUAUAAGGACCAGAUUUCGCAGAAUGCAGAGUGCGAUUCCCAAAUUUCUGAUGAAUUAAUAUCUGGUGGAGAUUUUUAAUAAAAAAAAAAAAAUGUAA